AUGGCAGAUAUAGAAUUGGCGGCGCGUCUACGAUAUUUGAAUGAGUCGGCACAUUUCCUAGCGACAUCGGCACCCACUACCUCGAAAUAUUUGAUGUCACAAUGCAAUUAUCUAAUGUUUGAGCACGAAAUUGAACAACCCGAGUCUCGAAAACGCCAAUCGUGUGGUGCCUGCGGGACUAUUAUGAUACUGGGAUGGGAAGGAAAGCUGGAAGUUAAAUCCCAAAGCUCCAACAAGAAACGAUAUCAUAAGAAGCCAGCUGUAGCCUCUAGUGAGCAAAAGGCUGUGAUUUAUACAUGUGGUUCUUGUAGUAAAAAAACAAGACAUCGUUUAGGUCCCGCGCCGGUGGUAUCUAGGUCUGAGAUGAGCACAAUCCAACGUGGAGGUGUCUCUAAAAAUGGUUCCGUACCAGCGCAGUCCUCGACAACUACGAAUAUUACAGUUACGCCCUCUACAAAUGCAAGUAGCAAGAAAAGGGCCAAAAAUCGCAAGCUGGGUGGGCUUGGAGCACUGUUGGCGAAGCAGAAAGCGUCAGAGGCAAGCUCAUCGGGCUUUGGUCUUGAUUUGAUGGAUUUAAUGAAGAAGACAUGA